AUGUCUUCUGAUAACCAGUGGUCAGCAAAUGAGGAUGAAGGCCAGUUAUCCCGACUCAUCAGGAAAUCUAGAGAUUAUCCUUUUAUCCCUGUCGGGAUAGCGGGCUUUGUGACUGUGGUUUCCUAUGGUCUUUACAAAUUAAAGCACAGAAGAUACCAGAAAAUGUCCAUUCAUCUUAUUCACAUGAGAGUUGCCGCCCAAGGAUUUGUUGUGGGAGCUGUGACUCUAGGUGUCCUUUAUUCUAUGUAUAAGGAUUACAUUAGACCUCAGUUCUUCGAUGUGUCAAAAAAAUGA